AUGGAGACUUGCAAGAAGAAUGUGUUACUCAAAUAUUUGGGAGUUUUGAUCAUGUUCUUGUUUUUUCAAGUCUCUUCUGCAACUGACACCAUUUCAACCAAUCAACCUCUUUUAGGACUUCAGACGACACUUAUAUCCAGCGGUGAAAUCUUCGAACUCGGUCUCUUCGAACGAACUACAGGUAUUGAUAGAUUCUGGUACAUAGGCAUGUGGUACAAGCGAGUCCCUCUCCCUCUACGGACUAUUGUUUGGGUUGCAAAUCGAGAGUCUCCUACUUUAGGAAUAUUUAUAAUCUCUGAUGGUAACUUAAUUCUCUAUGAUAAUAGCACCGGUCAAACAAUUUGGUCGACCGGUGUUAUUGCUAGUAGAAGCAAGGAUGUUGAAGCUGUUCUGCAUGAUAAUGGUAAUCUAGUUCUGAGAGAUGGGUCUAACUCUUCGGCACCUGUGUUGUGGCAGAGCUUUGAUCAUCCCUCGGAUACUUGGUUUCCAGGUGCUAAACUCAACACUGGAAGCCAACUUCUCACUUCUUGGAAAGGCUUGAAUGAUCCAUCACCGGGUCGAUACUCUCUCCAGCUUGACCCUAGAACGCACUCCCUCAUCACGGUUUGGAAUGGAUCUAAGUCAUAUUCUUCAAGUGGAGCAUGGGAUGCAUUGAGUUUCAAAUUGACUCCGGAUAAGUCUUACAUCACCUAUGCAAGACUAGGUCCUCCGGACGACAACACUUAUCGUUUGGUCAUAGAUGUUUCGGGGAUGUUCAUGCUGCAAUAUUGGGAUGACCUGAUUCAGUCGUGGGUUUUGACAUGGUCUCAACCUAAUGAUAGAUGUGCGGUUUAUAGUUUGUGUGGAUCGUUUGGGAUCUGCAAUGAUUCUGAAGAGCUUCCCCCUUGUAGAUGUGUUCCUGGUUUCAGACCAGCAUUUUCCAACGGCUCGAAUGAUUUCUCUGAUGGUUGUGAAAGGGAAACCAAAAUUCAAUGUGGCGAUGGGAAUGACGAGUUUCUUCGUAUAGAAAACAUGAAACUAGCCACUGAUCCAACAGCAACAUUGGUAAUGUCACCAAGUCUUAACACCACAUGUGCUUCAGCUUGCCGAGUUGAUUGUUCUUGCGAGGCCUACGCAUAUGACGGCAACAAGUGUUUGAUGUGGACAAGAUAUGCCUUCAAUCUACAACAAUACCAUGAAAAUAAGGGACACACAUUUUUUCUUAGACUUGCAGCUUCAAACAACGCAAAUGCGACUUCAAACCAGGAACAUUCUAAAGGCAGAAGCAUUGUGUUACCCGUUGUACUAUCAUCAUUAGCAGCAGCUGCUGCUGUGUUUUCCGUAUGUUUCUAUUGUUGCGUUUCUUCAAGAAGAAGAAGAAAAAGAACACAAAGAGACGAAAAACAGAGUAAAGAGCUAUUAAAAGGCGGCAUAGUUGAUGAUGAUGGAGAACAUAUAAGUUAUCUAAAUUUACAUGACAUAAUGGUUGCAACAAAUGCUUUCUCUGAGGAAAAUAAGCUGGGAGAAGGCGGUUUUGGUCCAGUCUACAAGGGAAAGCUAAGAAAUGGGAUGGAUGUGGCGAUAAAAAGGCUUUCAAAAAAAUCAAGUCAAGGUAUGAAAGAAUUCAAGAAUGAAGUAGUUUUGAUCAUAAAACUUCAACACAAGAACUUGGUGAGGCUGUUAGGAUAUUGUGUUGAAAGCGAAGAGAAGCUCCUGGUUUACGAGUACAUGUCGAACAAGAGCCUUGAUGUUUUACUCUUUGACUCUUUAAAGUCUAGGGAAUUGGAUUGGGAUAUGCGUAUGAAAAUAGUAAAUGGGACAACAAGAGGACUUCAAUAUCUGCAUGAGGACUCACGUCUUAGGAUCAUUCACCGAGAUCUUAAGGCAAGCAAUAUUCUUCUCGACGAUGAUAUGAAUCCUAAGAUCUCAGAUUUUGGAACCGCCAGGAUCUUUGGUGUCAAGCAAAUCGAUGAUAGCACCCAAAGAAUCGUCGGAACAUUCGGCUAUAUGUCACCGGAAUAUGCAUUAGGCGGAGUGAUUUCAGAGAAGUCUGAUAUAUAUAGCUUUGGAGUGUUGUUAUUGGAGAUCGUAUCAGGGAAAAAGGCUACAAGGUUUGUUCAUAACGACCAAAAACUCAGCCUUAUUGCUUAUGCAUGGGAAUCUUGGUGCGAAGCAAAAGGUGUAAGCAUUAUAGAUGAAGCAUUGUGUGGUUCGUAUGAUUUAAAAGAAGUGAUGAGGUGCGUUCACAUCGCACUUCUUUGUGUUCAAGAUCAUCCUAAAGACAGGCCCACGAUUUCACAAAUUGUUUAUAUGUUGAGCAACGAUAACAAUCUCCCUAUUCCGAAACAACCAAGUUACUCAAACGUUUUGGCUGGUGAUCAACAGUUAGUAGCGUCGUCUGGCUACUUGUUCUCCAUAAACGAAGUAACACAAACAGAAAUGGAACCAUCUCUUAUCUUCAAACGUAACUUCUGCUCUACGAACAUGAAGAUCUGCAACAAGAAUGUUUUAUUUACGUACUACGAAGUCUUGAUGUUCUUGUCUUGUCAAGUUUCUUUUGCAACUGACACCAUUUCUACCAAUCAACCUCUUUUAGGAUUUCAGACACUUAUUUCCAGCGGUGAUAUUUUCGAACUCGGUCUCGUCAACAGAGUACCUUUAUUUUCAGGUACCUCCGGAUACUUUUACAUAGGCAUGUGGUACAAGCAAGUCUCUCCACAGACUAUUGUUUGGGUCGCAAAUCGAGAUUCCAUAGUUCCAACUUCUAACUGCUUCUUGAAGAUCUUUGAUGGAAACUUAAUUCUCUAUGAUAAUAGCACCGGUCAAACAGUUUGGUCGACAGGUGUUAAUUCUAGUAGAAGCAAGGAUGUCCAAGCUGUUCUGCAUGAUAAUGGUAAUCUCGUAUUGAGAGAUGGGUCUAACUCUUCUGCACCUGUGUUGUGGCAGAGUUUUGAUCAUCCAUCUGAUACUUGGCUUCCAGGUGCUAAACUCAAGUUUGGACGUCGUCUUCUCUCUUCUUGGGAGAGCUCUAUGGAUCCAUCACCUGGUCAGUACUCUCUCGAACUUGACCCUAAAACCCACUCGCUCAUCACGGUUUGGGAUGGAUUAUCAUAUUCGUCGAGUGGACCAUGGGAUGAUAGACUUAAAACUUAUGAUGACUUGAGUUUCAAGUUGAAUUUGGAUGAGUCUUACAUUACCUAUUCAGUAACAGAUUCACCCAAUAUUACAUACCGUUUGGUCAUGGAUGUUUCGGGGUUGUUUAUGCUGAAAGCUUGGGGUGUUGAAUCCAAGUCAUGGGCAAUGAUAUGGUCUCAACCUGAUAAUAGAUGUGAGGUUUACAAUUAUUGUGGAUCAUUUGCGAUUUGCGAUGACAACAAAGAGCAACCACCAUGUAGAUGUGUUCCUGGUUUCCAACAAGUAUUGGCAGAGGAUCCGAAUGAUUUCUCUGCUGAUUGUGAAAGGGUAACCAAACUUCAAUGUGGCAAGAGGAAUGACGAGUUUCUUCCUAUUGAAAACAUGAAAUUAGCCACUGAUCCUAUAACAAUGGAGUUUACAGAAAGUCUUGGUGUAAAGUGUGGCUACGUUUGCCGAGCUGAUUGUUCUUGCGAGGCCUACGCAUAUGAUGACAAUACGUGUUUUUUGUGGACAACUGAAACAGAUGCCUUCAAUCUACAACAGAACCAUGCAAAUAAGGGACACACUUUCUUUCUUAGACUUGCAGCUUCAAGCAACUCAACUGCGACUUCAAACCAGGAACAUUCUAAAGGCAGAAGCAUUGUGUUACCUGUUGUAUUACCAUCAUUAGCAGCAACUGCUGCGGUAUUUUUGGUAUGUUUGUAUUGUUGCAUUUAUUCAAGAAGGAGAAGAAAAAGAACACAAAGAGAUGAAAAACAGAGCAGAGAGCUAUUAGAAGGGGGCAUAAUUGAUGAUGAUGGAGAACAUAUAAAUAACCUAAAUUUACAUGAUAUAAUGGCUGCAACGAAUGCUUUUUCUGAGGAAAACAAGUUAGGAGAAGGUGGUUUUGGUCCUGUCUACAAGGGAAAACUACCAAAUGGGAUGGAUGUGGCCAUCAAAAGGCUUUCAAAGAAAUCAAGUCAAGGUCUAACUGAGUUCAAGAAUGAAGUUGUUUUGAUAAUAAAGCUUCAACACAAGAACUUGGUGAGACUAUUAGGGUAUUGUGUUGAGGGAGACGAGAAACUCCUAAUUUACGAGUAUAUGUCGAAUAAGAGCCUCGAUGUAUUACUCUUUGACUCUCUCAAGUCUAAGGAACUGGAUUGGGAGACGCGUGUGAAGAUAGUAAAUGGUGCGACAAGAGGACUUCAAUAUCUGCAUGAGGACUCACGUCUUAGGAUCAUUCACCGAGAUCUUAAGGCAAGCAAUAUUCUUCUAGACGAUGAGAUGAAUCCUAAGAUCUCGGAUUUUGGAACUGCAAGGAUUUUUGGUUGCAAGCAAAUUGAUGACAGCACCCAAAGAAUCAUUGGGACAUUCGGCUAUAUGUCACCGGAAUAUGCAUUAGGUGGAGUGAUUUCAGAGAAGUCUGAUAUAUAUAGCUUCGGAGUGUUGUUAUUGGAGAUCAUAACAGGCAUGGGACUCUUGGUGUGAAACAAAGGGUGUAAGCAUUGUAGAUGAAGCACUGUGUGGUUCAUAUGAUUUAGAAGAAGUGAUG